AUGUGUGUUUAUUUUUACAGAUAGAAAACGGAGUGACAGAAACAGGCCGUAUACGUUACGAGUGCGUUAGCCGGGGAUACACAGCAUCCUGGCAAAGGAAAGUUUAUUUCAUGUGGCUCACGUUCUACAUCUUGAUCAUACCUGCUGGUUGCAUCAGUUAUUGCUACAUCAAUGUACUGAGGACAGUGUGGGCAGCAGGACAGGAGAACGGAAGAACAACAACCACGUCUUCAGGCAGUGGCGUGGACACCGUGCACUCUACUAUUCGCUUGCGCCGGUCUUUCAAUGCAGCCUCCACCAUUCCCAGAGCAAAGAUCAAAACUUUGAAGCUUACAGUCUGCAUCAUAGCGAGCUUCAUCAUAUGUUGGACGCCAUAUUUCAUUGUGCACAAUAUAAGAAUAUUCAGCAACUAUAGCAUCAAGGUACCAAGAACCGUCAUCAUUGCCGCAGAGACUUUUGCUUUGCUUAAUAGUGCUCUCAAUCCAAUAUUUUAUGGCUACUUCAACGUCCGUGUUCGCAAAGGCUUUAUAGAGAUAGUCUACAAGAAGAGAGACCUUACUAGGGACAGAAUUUGCAAUGGCUAUUCUGCAGACACGUCCUACAGCAGCACCAUUCUCCAACAACUCGACAACAGACCUCCUACAACUCAGCUGGUUCUAGAGAUGUCCGAAUUUUCCAACCGCUCUCCAAAUGGAUCACCAACUUACCGUACAAGGCGAAGCCCAAGAUCACUUAAGAGAAGAGCGCAGAGCAACAACAUGACAGCCAAGUUAUGACAUCCAAGAUGUUUCUGUGGAGGUUGUUACAGUGAUAGUGCCCUGUAACGGGCAGAAUUUAAUUGUUGGCACGUUUUAGUUAAAUUUUGCUUUUGGCGAUUCUUCGCUUUAUGUUUAUGAAAUGUGUGACUCCCACCCAUUUUAUUGGAAACUCAACGACUAGUCUUGGAUAUUCACUAGCAACAAGAUAACUAUUAAAAGACGUCAAUAGAGGCUUAAAUAGCAAACGAUUUAGCAGCAAACAAUUGUCAUAAUCUAGGAGUAUUAUCACACUACACUCAGCUCAAAUGUUUCUUGCAGUCCAGGUAAUUUCCUCAAAAGCAUUUAGUUGUUAGAAGAAUCGCAGUUCUGCGAAACAUAUAUGAUUUGGGACCACAGUUCAAAUUUUUUUUUUCCGUUUGUGCUACUUAUGCAGUACUUAAAUGUUGCAGAGGAUAUGAAACUGUGACUCCUUAAAAUAUGUUGAUAAAUAUUUGUCGAGUGUCACAUAUAAUCAGAUAUGAUCUCAGAGUAUAGUUUCAGACAUAAAUGGACAAAUAUUCAGAAUAGAUGUGAAAUACCAUGAUCGUUUUCGGAUACCACAACUGCCACAAAUAACGGUAGAUUUCCUUACGAGUCUUAUUCAUUCGCUCGUGGAAUAUUAUUAACAUGGUGCUAAAUUGUGAUUGUUAUUUAAAACGUUUUCUCAGUGUUGUCUUAAUUCAUUUCAGCUGCAUGAUAUCGAUAAUUUUAUUAUCAUUGUAAUUAUUCCAUAGAAAUUAAAGGGAAAUAUUUACUGUUAAUGUAAGAAAGAUUUUCCAAAACUUAGAUCGCUAAUGUGUAUUUAACUUAUCAGUAUGUGAAGUUUAUUGUAGUGUGAAAGCCUCUUUUAUUGUAGUGUGAAAGCCCUUUUAAGUUGUACUUUUCUGUAAUGUGGAUCUGCAUUAAGAAAUACUAACUGUAUGUAAUGUAAAGUUUAAGUCGUAAUCGUGUUGUAAAAGAUAUAUCUGUUGAUUGCAUUGAAUAGUGACAUCUCUUUUGUAAUGUAUGAUAUUGCUAAAUAUUAAAUAUGUAAUGGAAUAUAUAUGUAUGUUCUUGUAUAUAACUUUCUUCCGUGAUUCCAAAUAGUCUUAUGUGUAUGUAUUAAUGUACUUGUGCUCAUUUUUUGGUCAAAGGACUUUAUGAAUGUGAUUCCAUGGACAGCUAAAUCAAAAAGCGUUAAGAAAUUUGAAUAUAUUUAUUUAAAACAUGUGUUGGCAAAUUAGAGAUUUUUAUGGUUGUUGACAGCAUUAAUAUGCAUUUCUAAAUACCAGUAACGCGCACACAGUAACAGAAACCGUUUUCACGUUAUGUAGGUUGUGAGGUUUCUGAGCUUUCCUUUUUUAUUUAUAUUUUACUCUAUUUGUUAUUGAGCAUGCUCAUAAUUAACUAAUUUUGUACCAGAACAGGAUUUCUGCGAUAUCUGUCAUUUUAAUAAUAAAAAGUUUCGUUUUUAUAACAUUUUUAUGACAACUAGGUUUUUAUCUCUUUGUAAAUCUACCUUGUAGACGAAAUUAUGAUGCAAGGAAAUACUUAAUCGCCCAUAAUAAGAUUUACUUGAGUCUUUUUUAUAAAUAGGCCGAACCAAUACUGCAAUUCAAUACUUUCUCCUUUAAGUUCAAUGUAAGUCAGGAGAUUUAGACAUUUCCGUUUUAAUUAUAGUUAAGAGAAAUGGUUGUUUGUAAUUUAUGAUGAAAUAGAAUUAUCUUUAUUUAUUUCAUAGUAUUUACAACAACAGUGAAAAUAUUUCCCUUAUUCCCGUGUAUUUCAAGCGUAUUAAAUGUCAAACAAAAAUCUUUUACAAUGAAUUACCUUUAACGUGUGAUAAUGCAUCAAACGUAGUUAAAUACCAUCAAAUCGUGAUAAUAGUCACGAUACAAUUCACCAAUUAUUAUAUAAUAAUGAACAUUCAUAAAAUGUAAUCAGUUAAUAAUAAUCCUUCAGAUAUUUAAAAAUGUCACUAAUUUUAAAGAAAGUAUUACUAUUCCUCAUGAAACCUAUUUGUGUUGCUGAUUUUCCUCCAUUAAAUUGUAAUUCUGUAAAUACUACUACUACUACUAUGAAUAAUAAUAAUAAUAAUAAUAAUAAUAAUAAUAAUAAUAAAUAAUAAUAUAAAAUUCUGUGUAUUUUGCAAAAUGUUUUUUAUUACUUGAUACAGUCAGUUCUAUUGCUUUGUUUGCAAGAAUAAUCAUAUAUUUAAUAAUGAGAUAGAUGUCCUUCAAAUUAAAAUGUAAGCUGAAAUCAUAUUUAUUAUGCAUAUAAAUGGUUCAAAGGAAACUGCUCCUUACAGUAAUAAAUUUCCCUUUGCACUGUUAAGAAACCUAGGAUUGGGCAAACAAUUAUUUUAAUCAUUAAUUAUACAGUAAAAUAAGUUUUUAAGUUAUUAGAUGUUUCAACAUCGUCUGCUUAAAACCGUAAUCGGUUCUUCAGUGCUGCAUUUUUGAUAAAAUUAACCGCGUAUUUAAAACAAGUCUUUUAUUGCUUUUAAUAAAACGUCAAAUAUUAAACAUGCAGUUAAAGUAAAAUUUACGAAACAUUAAAAAAAUUAGUUACGCGUUAUUUCAUUAUAUUUAGCAGAAAAAGUAUCACUUCAUAAAUUAUACAUGAAUUUCAUUUCUUUUUGUUUUAAGAAAUAUGGUAUUCUUUAACCUAAUUAUGGAAAUGAAAAAUGAUUUUAACGCAUAAGAAAUCAAACAUUACUUAUGAAAUUCGAAUACAAAAAUCACUAAACAAAUCUUGAUUUAUAAAAAGAAACAAUUUUGAGAAAUUUUCAGAUUAUUGCAUUAAUGUUUAAUACAAAUACAUAUACUACGUAUUUCUGUGCAAAGGUAAAUACAGUGAUUUCAGGUAAAAAUAUAACUAUCUAAUUCCAUUUUGCUUUACCUGCGUCCUCCACUUUAUAUGAACAGCAUAAUGAAUUAAUAUUAAGAAAUUUUUCCAAUUCUCUACACCUGUCCCGAAUUCAACUUUUUAGUUAUAUAUAUUUUUAUUUCUGAUAUAGCAUGGUAGUAUGUUCCAACCAGUAAAUUUAAUGCUUUUGAAUUUUAAAAAAGUGUUGGUAACUGUUUAAUGUUUAGUAAUUUAAAAGAACAAUAAAAAUGUAAUAAGAAAAAUAAUGUAUUAACAUAUUUGGAAAAUAAAG